AGAUCUCUUCGGUCUGAAAAUCGCCAUGUUGGAUUUCCUGUCCAUUGCUCAAAUCUAAGCUCGUGCAAACAGAUAGUUUCACGUUGAUAUGCCUUACGCAAACCAACCUAGUGUUAAAAUUCUGGAGCUCACAGAAGAAAAUGUCAAAUUUGUGAUCGAAAAUACAGACUUGAGCAUGGCUAAUGGCCUCCGAAGGAUAUUCAUUGCUGAAACUCCAACAAUAGCCAUAGACUGGAUACAAAUUGAAAACAACACUUCUGUACUCCAUGAUGAGUUUAUUGCCCACAGAUUAGGUCUUAUCCCCUUGACCAGUGAUGAAGUUGUUGAUAGAUUGAGCUACUCUAGGGAUUGCACAUGUGACAAGUUCUGUCAAGAUUGUUCUGUUGAAUUGACCCUGGAAGUAAAAUGUACAGAUGAUCAAACCAGACAUGUGACUACCAGAGACCUCAUUUCAUCAGAUGCAAAAGUUAUUCCUGUUACUUCACGGCACCAUGAUGAUGAAAAUAGUGAAUACGGUGAACAAGAUGACAUUUUGAUUGUGAAGCUUCGUAAAGGACAGGAACUGAAACUGCAAGCUUUUGCUAAAAAGGGAUUUGCAAAGGAACAUGCUAAAUGGAAUCCCACAGCAGGCGUGGCAUUUGAGUAUGACCCUGACAAUGCUCUUAGACACACAACAUAUCCAAGACCAGAGGAAUGGCCAAAGAGUGAAUACACAGAGCUGGAUGAAGAUAGCCAUCAAGCACCAUUUGAUCCAAAUGCUAAAGCAGACAAGUUUUAUAUUAAUGUUGAGUCCUGUGGUUCAUUAAGACCCGAGACUAUUGUGUUAAGUGGGCUGUCUGUGCUCAAGAAGAAACUGAGUGAUCUUCAGACUCAACACAGCCAUGAAGUAGCUGCUGAUGUCUUGACCAUAUAAGGACCGACACUAAGUAAAAUGUUUUUGUAGCAAUAAACGGUGUAAUAGUAAACUCAUUUUGUAAUUAAACGCUGUGGUAUUCAUAUGAAGUCAUAUAGUCUGAUCAACAAAAAGAGGCUAGAUUUAGUUGAAUGGUAAUUUUUGUGUUCUUGCCGCAUUUAAAGAUCACGAAUAUUUCUCGGA